AUGUACAAGCUAUGGUUGGGGAUGUCUACUGCUUGGCAUAAUAAUAAUGGAAAAAUUUGGGUAUUUGUGGAGGAAGAGUAUCAGGUAGAGACUCAGAUGGACACAGAACAACUUCUCUCUUUGAAGUUGACUCAUUUAGUUGGAGGACAAGAGGUGGUGAUCACCAUGGUUUAUGCUAACACUGAUAGAACAACUAGAGUGGCACUAUGGAAUGAUUUAUUUCAUAUUUCUUGUACCAUAGAUUCACCUUGGCUAGUUGGGGGUGACUUUAAUGUUAUAGUAGAUGAAAUUGAGAAAUAUGGAGGUUUGGAGGUGCCUUUUGUAGAAGUAGAGGAUUUCAACCAAUGCAUUAAUCUCUGCCAGCUUAUGGAUUUGGGCUUCAAGGGUAGCAUGUAUACUUGGUGGAAUGGCAGGUCAGAUGAACAUUGCAUUUUCAAGAGAUUGGAUAGGUGUCUGGCCAAUCAGAAGCUUCAGGAUCUCUAUCCCAACAUUGAAGUGGAGCAUCUUAUUAAGCAAGGAUCAGAUCAUUCACCUAUGUUGCUUACUUACAAAGUGGAUAGUAGGGUAAUUAAGAAAUCAUUUAGAUUUCUUAAUUUUUGGAUUAAGCACCCUACCUUCAAGGAUGUGGUGAAAGAUAACUGGACAGGUUAUCAUGGAUAUGACCCUUUUUUCAUCUUUCAUAGUAAACUGAAGAAGCUGAGUAAAGUAUUGUCUAAAUGGAGUAGAGAUGCUUUUGGAGACAUAUUCAGACAGAUAGAUACUUUGGAAGAGAAGAACAGUUUUGGAAACAGAAAUCUGGGAUGCAAUGGUUCAAGGAUGGAGAUAGAAACACUAAAUUUUUUCAUGCCCAUGUACAAGUUCACUGCAGAACCUGAAGCUACUGAUUUUGAGUUGCUAGAACAUAUUCCUAAGCUGAUUUCAAGAGAGCAGAACAGAGUGAUUCAUGAAUUUCCAGAAGAGGAAGAAAUUAAGGAGGUUGUGUUUGGAUUAAAUGCUAAUAGUGCAGGUGGGCCUGAUGGAUACACGGGGAAGUUCUUUCAAGCAGCAUGGGACAUCAUUGCUAAGGAUAUCGUCAAUAUGGUACACUCUUUCUUUUGUGGACAUGAACUCCCAAGGUAUAUUACGUGCACUAAUCUGGUGUUAUUACCUAAGAGGAAAGAGGUGAUUACUUGUUCAGACCUAAGGCUAAUCAGUUUGAGCAAUUUUAUUAGUAAAGUAUUUUCCAGAAUCAUACAUAAAAGACUUGUAAAGCUGCUUCCUCAAUUGAUAUCCCCUCAGCAAACAGGUUUUGUGAAAGGUAGAAGUAUUGUGGAAAAUAUCCUUUUAGUUCAAGAAAUUGUACAUGAGAUAAGAAUAAGGGGUAAGCCUGCUAACACAGUUAUUAAAUUGGAUAUGGCAAAGGCUUAUGACCGGGUUUCUUGGCUAUUUUUAACAAAAGUGCUCAGGAAAAUGGGUUUUGGGGAGAUGCUUAUAAAUAUGGUUUACAGAAUCAUCUCAAACAACUGGUAUUCUAUUCUGAUAAAUGGGCAAGCACAGGGUUUCUUUAAAUCAUCUAGAGGAGUAAAGCAAGGUGAUCCUCUAUCACCUACUUUAUUUAUCAUUACUUCAGAAUGUAUGACCAGAGCCUUAAAUCACUUACACUACAAGGAAGGCUAUGUUGGAUAUGGUAUGCCAAAGUGGAGCCCCUAUAUUAAUCAUUUGGCAUAUGCAGAUGAUACUAUCAUUUUUACUUCUGCUCAACCACAAACUUUGAAGCUUGUGAUGGAGACUUUGGCAAAAUAUGAGAAGGUUAGUGGACAGAAGAUUAAUAAGGAGAAGAGUGUUGUAUACUUGCACCAAUCAGUAUCUCAGACAGUGGCUAAUAGUGUGGUGGAAGAGACAAACAUCCCUAGGAAAGACUUUCCUUUUACAUAUUUAGGGGUGCCAAUCUACUAUGAAAGAAGAAGAAUAGCACAUUUCAAGGAGAUCACUAAUAAGAUACAAAACAGGCUAAGUUUAUGGACUGGCAAAUUACUUUCAAUGGGUGGAAGAACUACACUUAUUAACCAUGUUUUACAGAGUAUGCCAGUUCAUUUACUUUCAGCUUGUGACCCACCUUCGGGAGUUCUAGCUCAGAUUCAGAGAUUAUUUGCAAAAAAUUUCUGGAGUAAUAGUGUUGGAAACUCUAGCAAACACUGGACAUCUUGGACUACCCUUUGUCAUCCCAAGGAGGAGGGUGGAAUGGGCUUCAGAUGCUUGCAAGAUAUGUCCAAGGCCCUAUUUGCUAAAUUAUGGUGGAACUUCAGAACUAAACAGUCUCUAUGGAGGACUUACAUGAGCAACAAGUACUUGAAAAAGCAUAAUGCUAUUUUAGCACAGUGGAAAGGGGGAACUUAUGUUUGGGAGAAGAUGCUACAGUGUAGAGAUGUUAUAGACCAUGAAAUUUGGUGGCAACUAAAGCAAGGGAAUUGUCAAUUUUGGUUAGACAACUGGACUGGUAUAGGAGCUUUAUAUCAGAUGGUCCCACCCAAUUUUCAAUGUGACUAUACAGUAGUGCAGGUCAAAGAAGUACAGGAGGAUGGAAGAUGGAAGGAGGGGCAGAUAAGGGAGUUGUUACCUGUGGAGAUGGCUAAUCAUAUCAUUCAAAAGGUAAAACCACCUACAGGAGGGGAUACCUUGGACAGACUAUAUUGGAAGCUAGAUUCUAAGGGUAUUUUCUCAGUUAGUUCUGCUUUCCAGGUGAUGAGACAAAGAAAAGAAACUAGCAAAAUCUAUGAAUACAUGUGGGUGAAGGGUCUUCCUAUAAAAAUUAGUUUUUUCACAUGGAGACUAUGGCAAAGAAAGUUGCCAUUGGAUGAUACUUUAAAGAAAUGGGGCUUUCAAUUUGCUUCUAAGUGUAGAUGCUGUCUAGUUCCACAGGAGGAAACCAUAGCUCAUGUGUUUCUAAAUUCUAAUGUAGCUCAGAUUACUUGGAAAUACUUUUGUGGACCUGUUGGUAUCAGUAUUUUAGGAAUGCAGCUUACACAAGUCAUAACAACAUGGUGGGAGUUAGCAGAAAACCAGCACACUAAGAUGAUUUAUCAGAUUAUACCAGUAGUCAUAGUGUGGGAGCUUUGGAAAAGGAGAAACACUAUACAACAUGGAGGGAAGGUUUCUGUUAACAAGCUGAAGUACAAGAUCAUGCAUACUGUAAUUUUAUUUAUGAAGACAAGAAGAAGUAAUUUUAAGUAUGCUCCUUAUAGCUGGCAAGAGUUAUUGAAGUCUUUGCAGUCUUAUUCCCCUAAAGUGAAGAUAUACCAAGUAUGUUGGAGGCCACCAGAUUCAGGUUGGAUAAAAUGCAAUACUGAUGGGGCUUCUAGAGGAAAUCCAGGUAGAAGUUCUUGGGGUUUUUGUCUCAGAAAUACAAGUGGAGAUUUGGUGUUUGCUCAGUCUCAUGAGAUGAGGUAUGGCAACUACACAAAUACCCAGGCGGAAGCAGAAGCUAUAAUGCAGGCACUAAAGUACACGAAGAGGAUGAAUAUUCAGCAAAUGAUAGUGGAAACUGAUUCUAUGAUCAUGAAAAAUGUCAUGGAAAGGAAGUGGCAAGUUCCUUGGCAAAUCAUCAAUGUCAUGGAGGAAAUUUGGAGGAUCAUGGGUGAAAGAACUGUGGUGGUUAAUCAUAUAUUCAGAGAGGGGAAUAAACUUGCAGAUUUCCUUACAAAUCUAGCUCUAGACAGAGGUGAUUAUACUGCUAACAGCUUUCAAGAAAUGGACACAUGGGGAAGUAAGCUCAUAAACAGUGACAAGAGUAAUAUACCCUACCUAAGGGUGAGGAAUUGUCGAAGAUGA